CUUAACGCGCACCUCUUUGCACCUUUCCCCUGACACAACAAACCGCCUGAUAAGAGCGGGAGAGAGAAGGAAACACAGCCCGGAAAUCUCCUGUCGCCGGCGAUGGCGCCGCGCUUCUUUAGGUGCUUCUACGGCGGCAGCCACGGCGACGAUUUGCCGGAAAACGCUGCCAAAGUGCACACGACGGGAGGCGCCCCCGCCGGAGAUUCCUCUGACGACCAAAAGAAAGGAGGAGGCCAUGUUCUUGUUGAGCUCUUCACUUCGCAAGGCUGCGCCACCUCUCCUGAAGCGGAGCUCUUGAUUUCGAGGUUAGGGAGAGGAGAUCUUCAGAAUGAGGUUCCCGUUAUUGUGCUGGCUUAUCACGUUGAGUAUUGGGAUUAUUUGGGUUGGAAGGAUCCCUAUGGUUCCAGUCUCUGGAGCGUUAGACAGAAGGCUUAUGUUGAGGCAUUGAGGAUGGAUAGUAUAUACACUCCUCAGGUUGUGGUGCAGGGGAGGUCUCAAUGUCUCGGCACGAAGGAGCAGGAGCUUUUAUCAGAGAUCAGAUCGGCAGCUAGGUUUCCUGGGCCUAAUAUGCAGGCAACUUUUCAAAGGCCAUCUCAGGACACACUGCAAGUGUCCUUGGCUGGUCCAUUGCGAUCGAAGGUUGACUCAAAGGGCAUGGAUGUGAUGGCUGCUCUCUACGAAAGCAACGUCGUAACCGAUUGCUCAAAAGGUGAGAACAAAGGUCGUGUCCUCACUAAUGACUUUGUGGUGAGGAAAUUGGAGAAAUUGUGCACUGUUCGUGACAUUUCAGCGAAGAAGAAUGUGAAUGGAUCAAUCACCUUCUCUCUCUGGGAUGGAUUCAGCAGUAACAAAUGCGGAGUUGUUGUUUUUGUUCAAAAUAGUUCCCUUCAAAGCUUUGGUUCUCAACACUUCCAGUUGCCUGAUAACCUGUAAGGGAAUAUUCCACUCUUUUUCUCCGUCUCUUUGAUUUGGUGUCUUUGGCCAAUGUUUUCUAGCCGCAUUGUACAUUUACUGUGCUUGCAUUUGAUUUACUUCUUACAUGUCAUUCGGUUUGGCCUUUUGGGUUCUGAUAUGUAAAGGGGAUGGAAAUUCUAUAAUUAGUGGUUUGGUAGUACCAUUCAGGUUCCAGGAAAGCAUGCUAUAUAUACAUAUAUAUAAUUCGCGAAAUUAUUGAA